CACACGUUCCUCCUCUCUCGCGGCGGUGUUUGUGGUACCCGAACGGGCUCCGCGCCCCUGGUGUUGCAACAAAGCAGUAGGGGCGCGACGGACCCCCCGCGGAUCUGCACGCGCCGCGGGCGGGUAAAGGGAGGAAAACACAGCAGUGCCGGCAUCCGGCUCGAGGAAGGGAGUCAUGGAGCAAGCUGCCGAGGCUACCGCGGCGGCGGCGGGAGGCAUGUUCUCCGCGGGGGCGCUGUACCCGUUGGAGGUAAUCAAGACCAACCUCCAGGCACACACGAAGCAGAGCACUGGACGACCUUCGCCGUCGCAGACGCAGGAGGCCGAGGAGGGCGGGGGCGGGGAAAGACAAACAACGUCCCCGGGAGGGGAAAGCAGACGGGCGGGCGGAGAGGAGGAGGAGGAAGAGGGGUUGUUGUUGACAAGGCGAAGCAAGCAAGAGGAGCGGCAGCUGGACUGUCCUCCGUCCGUCGCUUCCGUGGCGAAAGAUAUUUACUCGAGGGAGGGCAUCGCCGGGCUCUACAGAGGGGUGUGGUACGCGUCGACGCAGAGCGGGGUGGAAAAGGCGGCGUACUUUUACGGCUACGGCUGGUUGAAGGCGCUGGCGCUGCGGGGGGGGGGAAGUCGGGGAGAGCUCAGCACGGCGACAGAUCUCGGGUUGGGCUACCUGGCAGAGGCGUUUCACCUUCCUUUUACGAUACCUAUCGAGGUUGUUCUGACGAAGAUUAUGACGUCGAAAGAGAAAACAAACGCGUUUGCGGUGAUUCAGGGUAUCCUCUCCGAGAGCGGACCGGCAGGCUUCUACACAGGGAUUCAGGCGUACGCCGUGCUCUGCUUAAAGCCAGCGAUCCAGUACGCUGUUUUCAAUCGCCUCAAGGCAAUCACGCUCGCCUACCGGGGUGACGGGCGCGGCUCUGCCCAACCGAAGGAGCUCACCGCCGUCCAGGCAUUCGUCAUCGGGGCCAUCUCGCGCGCCGUGGCAACGGUCAUCGUCUUCCCGUACAUCCGAGCCAAGGUCAUCAUCAUGAGCAAGAAAACGGGGGAGGGGAGCGGCAACGGCACCAAAUCCCCUUCGACAUCCAUCCUGUCGAGUCUCGUCACCCUCUUGAAGGACGACGGGUUUUCGGCGCUGUUCCAGGGCAUCACCCCAGAGAUCGGGCGAGGGGUACUGUCGGCGGCGCUGAUGAUGUUGGUGAAAGAAAAGAUUCACAGCACGGUCAAGGGCGCCAUCGUCGGCAACAGGACGUCGUGAAGCAUAUCCAACCGCAAGUCGAUUUCCCUACGAUUUUUAGUCACCCCGCGUUGCCUCUAGCCUGGCCUAUUACGGGGCGCGCGGCCCUGCUUCAAAGGGUGCUUUUUGGUCGCUAGAGGACGUUGACAUCCAGUAGCUAACAGGUCAAUCUUUGCGGUGGUUGGUGGGGGCUCCGAUGAUAACAUGAUGGAGGUUUGGUUAGCUGAUCACUUUUUGUUGUGCGGAGGUCUUCAUGCGCUGCUUGUUUUGUUUUGUUGUUGUGCUGUUCUUCUUUGCCAGACAUGAUGAGGUGACAUCAGUCUGUCUGUGGUCGUCUCUGUUUCAGGUAUUUUGUUGCUUUGGUUGCCGUCAAGACGUUCAUGUGUUGUCGCCGAGUCUGUUGUAGUGCCCGCACAUAAAGUAAGGGCACAGGCGGGGAGGCUCGUUUUGUAGAGAGUCGAAGAGCGGGUUCAAUCCUAGAUAUGCGUAGUGGGAUAAAACAAUACGAGCAUGGAUGUUUGAAGAGUGGAAACGCAAAGUUAUGUGUUUCUGGGAGCGAUGGGAGGCGGAAACGAGUGCGAUCAUCAUCCCGAAACCUAUGUUAUUUUUUAUCGGGAUAUCCUUUCGCUGCACGGUAGUGG